UCUGCAAAAGAUGUGACGUUAUGAACUGUAUUAGAACAAUGCCAACAACGGAAGAAAGAUAGGAAAAUAAUGUGAAAAUAUUGAGGUUAGGAGUGGCGAUACAGACACUAUGAAAUAGGAAAAAUUAGACAAAAGUGGUUUAAAAAGAUCUUUGUCCACACUGAAGCAUUCUGAGGAAAAAAAAACAAACAAAAAGGAACAAGUUAUAUGCAAAGUGUCACAUUAGUGAAGUGCAUUUCUUCAUUAUCUCUGUAACCGUCAGUCAACUCCCAGUUUCCUGUUGCAGGACUUUGCGUGGUGUAGUGUAUGACAAGUUCAUAACUGUUACACAGUCAGCUUACACAGUCAUCUAUUCUCUCCCUGCUGGAAGGACACGUCAUUGUGUGAGCAGCCAUGGUGCUGUCUCAUCUCCUUCUCCUCCUCAUCUCUCCAUUAUGCUGCACCUUCCUGACGGGGCCCACCCAUCCAAGUGUCUUCGUCAAUACCCCCUUGGCUGCAGCAGGUCCCAUCCUGCAGGACCGGCCCUUCAUCGUGGUGUGGAACAUGCCCACAGAAAACUGUCAGAAACGGCACAACAUCCAGCUGGACCUGGAGGACUUUGAUAUUGUGGAGAACCAUAAGCAUCACUUCCAGGGACAGAAAAUGACCAUCUUCUAUCGAGACCGCCUGGGAGAAUAUCCGUACCUCUCCCACGAUGGUAGGAGGGUGAAUGGAGGAAUCCCUCAGCUCGGGGACCUUGCUGCUCACCUUUCCCUCACGGAGAGGCAGCUGUCUGUCUUUUUGCGUCCCAGUUUUUCUGGUUUGGCAGUCAUCGACUGGGAGGAGUGGCAGCCGCUGUGGGAGAGUAACUUUGGAUCCAAGAUGGAGUACCGGAGGCUUUCCAAGCAACUGGUGAGACAGGAGAAACCGGAUUUGUUGGAGAAGGCUGUGAAAGUGUUGGCGAAGCAAAAGUUUGAGGAAAGCGCUAAGAGGUAUAUGGAGGAGACGCUGCAGCUGGGGGUCAAACAUUGGCCCAAAGGAUUCUGGGGGUUUUACGGCUUCCCCUCCUGCUUUAAUAAACACAAGAGAAAGACAGAUAAAACCUACACAGGACGUUGCCACAAGGGUACCAGACAGCAGAAUGACCUACUGUCCUGGCUCUGGUUUAAGUCCACUGCGCUCUAUCCCAGCAUCUACUUACCACAGAGGCUGGCAGGGUCAGCUGAUGCAGCUCUGAUGAUCAGACAUAGACUUCUGGAGGCUUUGAGGGUGGCAUCACUUUGGCGUCAUGGCAACAACACCAGUCACGCCACACCUGUCCUUCCUUAUGCCAGGCUGGCAUUCACACACACGCUCAACUUUCUUAAUAAGACAGACCUGGAGCACACUCUUGGGGAGAGUGCAUCACUUGGUGCAGCUGGAGUUGUGCUGUGGGGAGAAACUAAAUUUAGCAAAUCCAAGCAACAGUGCAUCCUCCUCAAAGAUUACAUCCACAAUGUUUUGGGUCCCUUCGUUCAGUCUCUGAGGUCUGGCACGCAGAGCUGCAGCCUCCAGCUUUGCCAUGGCAACGGGCGCUGCACCAGGCGACACCCUGGCUCUGGUUGGAGGCUGUCCUCAGCUUCUGCUCACAUCUCUGACCCUUCUGAAAUGAAUGACUCCACCAACAGCAAAUAUUUCCAAAAACAAUUCAUGUGUCUGUGCUACGCAGGCUGGACUGGGCAGAAGUGUCAUGAGAGGAAGGAUGAGAGCAGACAGACGGAUGACUAACCCUGACCUUUCUGUUCAGGUGCUGUCAGUCAGCAUCCAGGGAUGCUGGGUGAAAUGCUGUGUGACUCUAUAGUUUAAUGCCUGCAUUUAAUUGGAAAUAGUUUAAACAUUUGAUAUAUUAUUAACUGAGAAAUUAUAUUUUUAUGUGCUCAUUUGAACAUGAUGCCAAUGAUCAAUAAAUAAAAGCUUUGGAACAGAAGCUUGUUUAUAUGAAUGCAAUUAAAUGAAUGAAUGAAAAAACAAAGAUAAAUUUUAUUAGAAGAUGAAGAAGAUAGUGCUUUGUUCCAGAGAUGUGAUAUAUAUAAUAUUUUAUUUAUUUAAUAUAUAUAUCAUUUAAUUUAAUUUUUCUACUUUUUGUCAUUUAAUGGUAACAUGUUUGCAGAUCAGGUCAUUGAACAUAGUCUUGUUAUACAUGCAAAAUGUUAUUAGCUAUUAUCUUGCUGAAACAAGAUCUUUCAUAAAAAGCCUGUACAUGAUGGUCAGUGUUGAUGAUGUCUUUAAAAAUGUGACCUUAGCCAUAUGUGCUAAUGCACCCCUUUAAUUCAUCACACUACUGGGAGAGUUUGCUUUAGUCAGUCUUAGUUUUAGAGUUUUAUAUAUCUUAUAUUUGUGGACACAGUAAUAAAAUGUAACAUGUAACUGUAACACUAAUGGUUUUUAGAAGCAUUCCUGAGCCCAUGCAGUGAUUUACAAAACAGAAUUAAACCUGUUUUAUACAAUGCUGAUUUACAACCUUAAGAUCACAUUGUUAUAGUACUAGUUUUCAGACUUGUGUUUAGGGAUGUAUGGCUUUAUCGAUUAGGGUGUUUUUGCCACAGAGAAUUGCUGGAACAGGCUUUAGUUCUGAAUUUUACUCUUUUUAACACAUUCAUGGUUUACACAACUUUAUGUCAUAUAAUUCAGAUGGUACAUCUAAAAACAUUGUCCCAUAAAUAUGUUUUAAAUUAGACAGUGGUAAGACAAUAUGAUGUUAUAAACCAAAUCACAUCAUUUAAUCUGACCAAAACAAAAUUAUUUAUAUUCAGUCCUUUUCACACAAUCACUGGUGGAGGACAAAGUGUACACAAAUAAUGUUCAGAGAAGAUUUGGACAAAAGUUAAAAAAAAAAACAAACAAACAAAAAAAAAAAAGGCAAAACACCUUUUACAUAAUCU